AUGCAAAAUAAGGAUGAGCUACUUGAAGACAUUCGCGAGGAUACGGUCGUCAAUGCGAUUCCCGAGAAAGAUCUUCCAAAGUUCGGAGAGCUCUUGCAGAAUGUGACGGUGCCCGUGAGUCGGGAGGCUAUACUCCAGUGCGUAGUCGACAAUUUGCAGACCUACAAGAUUGCGUGGCUACGUGUCGAUACACAGACCAUUUUAACGAUACAAAAUCACGUCAUAACCAAAAAUCAUCGCAUGAGCAUAACUCACGCCGAGAAACGUGCUUGGAUUUUGCGUAUACGUGAUGUGAAGGAGUCCGACAAAGGCUGGUACAUGUGCCAAAUAAACACGGAUCCCAUGAAGAGUCAAGUGGGCUACCUGGACGUCGUCGUGCCGCCCGACAUACUGGACUACCCGACCAGCACCGAUAUGGUAAUACGUGAGGGCUCCAACGUGACCCUCAAGUGCGCCGCGACGGGAUCUCCAACUCCGACGAUAACCUGGCGACGCGAAGGUGGCGAGCUGAUACCGCUCCCAAACGGAGCAGAGGCCGUCGCCUUCAACGGAUCCUUCCUGACCAUCGCCAAAGUGAACCGGCUGAACAUGGGCGCCUACCUCUGCAUCGCCUCCAAUGGCAUCCCGCCAACAGUCAGCAAGCGUGUGAUGCUCAUUGUGCACUUUCCCCCCAUGAUUUGGAUACAAAAUCAAUUAGUCGGCGCUGCGCUCACCCAGAACAUAACCCUGGAAUGCCAGUCGGAGGCGUAUCCCAAGUCCAUAAACUAUUGGAUGAAGAACGAUACGAUUAUCGUGCCGGGCGAGCGCUUUGUGCCGGAAACCUUUGAAUCGGGGUACAAAAUAACCAUGCGCCUGACCAUAUUCGAAGUGGACAUCCAGGACUUCGGGGCCUAUCGAUGUGUGGCCAAAAACUCCCUUGGCGACACAGACGGCGCGAUCAAACUGUACCGUAAGUAUUGGCACAUUCCGCAGACCACCACGAUGACGACAAUGGCUCCGACCGUUUCGAUCAACACAGUGCCCGUGGUCUUGGUGAAGUACAACAAAGAGCAACGCUACGGCAGCAGCGGCAACCAGAACGCGAAUGGCAACAGCAACAACAACCCGUACAACUUCAACCCGGGCAGCGGGCAGCAGAGCACGAAGCUGCAGCGCGGCAAGGCCAACAACAAGGGCCUGGAUCAGGCCUCCUCCGGACUGAACAACGUCUUCGUGGGGGCCACGUCCAGUCUGUGGAACUCGCAGGAUCACCACUCCUCGUCCUCCUCGCGGGGAAGGGAUCACCACCAGCAGCAGCACCAGCAGCAGCAGCAGCAGCAGCCGAAUCUCGGAUCCGAUCACAGCGCCUCCUAUCGCUCGGACGGCAAGAGCCCGCACCCCGUGAAGCAUGACGCCAAGUCCUUGACCGACGACCUGGAUCGCAUGCAGGACCUGAAGGGCUGGGCAUCCUGUCUCGCACCGUACUUGCCGAUCCUAACGCUUCCGAUGGUUUUGGGGGCGUGGCCCGGCUAAUCUAAUCGAGGGAAUGUGUACAAAACAUCAUGGAAACCCAGUGCUAGACUAACUAAGAUAAACUACUUCGUAAGCAAUAUCCCAUAAAUCGUGUUGGUCAAGAUAAAUCUAUAAUUUUUGUGCUUUUCGGAAAGUUGCUUACUGUAAAAAGUUGUUGAUGUUUAAGGUAAAUCUAGAGUAUAAGCGAAAAGUUGAACGAUCGGCAAUUGAAUGGAGGAAACUGGAGUUCGCAACGGAAAUACAAAGUAUUAGAUUGUAAAGCAUAAGGGCUUAAGCCAAAAAAAAAUGGUCUUAGGCAUUGAACAAGCGUUGCUAUUUAUAUUUCUGGCCUUAUAAUUCCGGUUUAUUAGUGUUAUUUUUUUUUCUCCAUUGCGAUAAAUAAAUAAUUGCACUCGUUUUAGAUCUUUUUGCCGAGUAUGAUUAAAAUAAUACAUUUUGUACUAUAUUUGACCAAAAUGAAUACCGUUUCAUACUAUUUUUAAUGUUUUGAACAUAAAUAUAGUUUAUAGAUGAAAACAGCCUGGGUGAGUUUAAGGUAAAGUAUACAGUGGCGGUAAAAAUAAUAGAAACUCGCAGGAUUCGUUAGAUUUUUUCAACGGUUUCUCACUAUAAAAAUGUCCUUACACUCGCAUAGGGACAUUAUCCUGUCUAAAUGUCUGCUUUAAAUCGCUGUCUUACUCAUGAUAUGACGGUAAUAAACUCUUAAGUAUGUUAAAUAAAUCUGGAACCUACAUUUGUUCUUAGAUUCAGAGUAUCAGAUCGACAUCCAAAAAAAAUGGGCCUGUUUCGACUUAAGCAAUGAAAGAUAGUAAAACAUUUCACUCUUCGCCACCUUGAUAAAAUGAUACCCAAAAACUAUUUUUUUCCUUAGCAGAGGGUUUAUUUAGAAAUACAGGAAAACAUUAAACUUCUGUUUUCCUUUUUUUUAUUAUACUUAUUUUAAUAGCUCUGCAGUACAAUUCGCGGCCCAUUUUUAACAUACAAGUUGUAUUUGAAAACGGUUUUUCACCAAAUUUCAAAUUGUAUGCUUAACUUACCCUAAGAAAUUUAAUAAUAAUAAUUAGUAACAUACAGAUUCUUAGCUGCAAAUUCGGUUUAAAUCGGCCGCGUUUCUGUUUUAUUUUCCAACCCAAACAUGGGUUUAGUUUCCAAUUUGCUAGACACUGCAAGAAAUAAAGGAGUAAGAAACUCUUAAAGGAACAGAAAUAAAGUAUGAAUAUCAGUGCUCUACGUGUUGUUAGUUUUGAAGUCAAAAACUUAAAUUUAGAAAUUGGCCUUUAAGUGCAAAAGAAAUGGUCGUUUCUAUUAAUUUUUUCCGCCACUGUAAGUGCCUGGGGCCAGGAAUAUAAAUAUCAACAUACAUGUCUACAUAAUGAGACUCGAACCUAAAUUAGAUCUAAGUCAUCUAAGUUCAGCCGAUAAAAAUAUUUUUAUUAAAAACCCUGUUCUAGCUUAGUUUCCGAGCACUGCAAGCUGUAUAAUAAAUAUAACAUUAACAAUUUCAUCUUGAUUUGGGAAGAAAUAAAAAUGCCGUCUUAAAUCAUGUAAAAUUCAG